AUGCCGGUAUUGAUCCCAGCCAUCGCGGUGCUGUUGUAUGUGGGGGAGCGCACUACUGCGACUGGCGUCUUCAUCGACAGACCGCAUGCCAGUGGAAAAGAGAGUGCAACAUUGUUCACUAUGCACAAUCUGCUGCAUGACUUCGCGAAAGAGUUUCUAAAUAGUUUCACAUACUGUCUAGCCAUCAAUUAUCAUGGGAAACCUGAUGAAAAGUACGAUAGCAAUCUAAGGGCGAUGCGUUGUGUCGGUUGUAGAGAACUGGAGAUUACGGGCGACUUAUUUUCACGUAAUAAGGGGCUACGUGUCCUGGAACUAACGGAGAGCUCCGUCCUGAAGCUACCGUACUCCAUCUGGCAACUGAAGCACCUGGGGUAUCUUAAGAUAUCAGAAUUCUCUGGACUAGUAACUCUGCCCGAGUCAUUGGGGGAUCUAACAAAUCUGCUCCACAUCGACUUAUCAGGCUGCUCCGGGCUACUGAACCUACCAAAGUCGUUUGGGAAGCUAAUCCGUUUGGUUCAUGUCAACUUGUCAGGCUGCUCUGGGCUCGCAGCUCUCCCAGAAUCAUUUGAGGAUCUCGUCAACUUGUUGCAUAUCAAUCUAUCAGGUUGCCAUCGUCUGUCAGAGAUUCUGGAAGUGUUGCGGAAGCUCGACAAACUGGUGCACCUGGAUUUAUCAUUCUGGUCUUGUUUUGAAGGGAUUGGGAAAUGCCUUGCUGGUCUCACCAAUCUGGAGCAUUUAAACCUGUCAAAUCCUUGCUGUCAUCUUGCUCAACACCGCUCCCAUCUCCAAGAGCUAAAGGAUGCCGUGGCCAAGCUCACCAAACUCCGGUAUCUGAACUUGUCAAUGUGCCUGAAUCCUAUCUUUUACCACCACAAAUCGCAAGACGAAAGUCUUCAGUUCAUUACAGAUUGUGUAAAAGGCAUCUCCUCCAUAGAGCAUUUGGACCUGUCUCAUAACACAUUUCUUUUUGGUCUACCUGAAAGUCUAGGUGACCUCAACAGGCUACAUACACUGAACCUCUCAGGCUGCAUUAGACUGAAGAAGGUAGCUGCAAUGAAGUCUCUCAAGUUCUUAUCUCUGUGGAACUGCCAGGGCCUAGAAAGUUGCAGCUUUGUGGUUUGGGUCGAUGAAGAUGCACCAUAUAUCAGCACCAACAUUGUUCAGCUGGAGGGUGUAAGCUGCCAAGAGCUGCAGAUAAGCUGCCUUGAGAAUGUCAGGUCUAGAGUGGAAGCACAGAGAAUCAAAUUGGUGGAGAAACAAAAGCUUCAAAAGUUGAAGCUUUCUUGGACUUUGGACUCUCACAGAUCAGUGGAGGACAGUGCUUUGUUAGGGGAACUAGUACCACCACAUACAGUGCAGUGCCUUGAGGUAAAUGGUUACAGCGGCACAUGUCUCCCGGAGUACUUUGGUGACCUCACCUCUCUCCAGGAACUCAAGAUCGUCAGCUGCAAGCAGCUCAAAUCGUUGCCGGAUACAAUGCAAAAACUCACCGGCCUCAAGGAUCUGUGUAUUUUUGACUGUCCGGAAUUGGAGAAGUGGUGUCAGGUUGAGGAGAACAAGAAAAUGCUGGCGCACAUCCCCAACAAAAAUUACGAGGAACCUGCUAGUACUAGCAGGCAGGAGAUUGAGGAGGACGACAGAUCGGGCAACGAGGUGGAGGCGGCGUAG